AUGCACAAUGGGCCCACCGCCGGCAUGAAAAAGAUGUCCAAGGCCAUGCCGGAUGUUGCCAUCACCCCCGCGCACUGUCCUCUGUGCAGCACCCCUGGCGCCACAGCUGCGUUGUACAGCAUUGAGCGGUUCGACGGCAUGGGGCAGAGGGCAGCCCACCUCAUUGUGAUGAUGGCACUUGCAAAUCACUUGGGGCUCAAUUUCGGGGGCCUCCUUCCGCACCCUUCCACUGAAGUUCAUGGUGCAGACGUACAUGCCUGUUUGAGCGCCGUUGUGGGUACCGAUUACACAGCCCUGCGGAAGCGGGUGAGGCAUGCCAGUUUUGAUACUUGCUUUUUCGGUAGCCACGUUCUGCUCUCAACCCUUGGGGGAGGGAAUCAAACCGUCGCCCCCGUCGGCCGGAACGUGUUGUUCCAGGAAUGCGGGUUUGGCAAGGACAUCGUCGGUUUCUUGACACCGGACUUCCUGGAGAAGUUGAGAAAGCACACGCUGCUGCUCACACAGCCAACCCCUUACUUCCUCCAGGACAAGCGCGCCCUCCGCGUCGCCGUCCAUGUUCGCCGGGGGGACAUCGACGUCUCGAGGCAGACGAACCGUGAUGUGCCCAACAACGUCUACCUCCAGGUUGCAAGGGCCAUCAAAGAGAUGGCCCAUGGCUUGACCGACAUCCACGUCUUCAGCACCACCAAGGAGGGAACGCACGCAAGCAGCGACUUCGAGGCCUUUGAGGCUGCCGGCAUGACGGUACACUUGAAUGGUGAUGAGCUGGGUGAUCUGGCACACAUGGCUCAGGCAGAUGUUCUUGUGCAGGCCCCAAGCAGCUUCUCCUGGGUGGCUGGCGUCCUGAACUCGAAUUGUGUGGUCUCUUUCAAGUCUUACCCUGGUGGAUUGGAGAGUUGGUUCUACCAUCACAGUGGAAGCUUCAAGAGUCAGGACGCGAAGCAUCUCUCGCAGUGCAUCCAGCACCGCUUGCAGACUGCAAGGAGAGGGUGGGGGCGGGGGUGGGCGGGCAUUGUGCGUGAGCGAACCUUUGCCAAAUCAGCUUCCGCCGCUGCCAUCUUGCACAUGUCAUUCGGUCGUCCAUCAGACAAGCGCCAAACCAUGAACACGCACUUUACAGUAGCAAGCAAGCGCGAGACUGUGAGACCCGAGAAAUGUUUCAGCCUUGAAAAGCGCACUUUAGCCACCAUGCGGGGCCUCCGCCGUACUGUCCACAUUUGCCAGCAACUUGCCUCAAGCAAAGCUCAAGCCAUGGUGUUGAAUCUCAACGCCAAAAGCAGAGCCAUGGUGGCAAGUGCGGUAGCUGCACGAGAUGGAAAGGAGUUUCCAGGAAGUGAGACGAGCCGAACAUCACGAUCCAGGCCCCAGUCAGCACAGCGAAGCUCGCGGCCGGCCUCUGCAGGUGCAGGUUCUUCGAAUUUGUACAGCUACGAUGCCUUCUUGGGUCAUGCUGGCAAGAGUCCAUCUCGAUGGCGCGUGGCACGAACAGUUCCUCAAAGCUUCGUGGAGAUAGCUGCCAGCCAACCUGUUGAGUGGCUGCAUCUCAAGUGGGGCCCAAAAGAGUUCGACUUCAGAGAAGCUGGCGCGCAACUGGAGGCAGAUGCACAUCAAGCAGCUGCGCAAGAGGUGAAGCAAGCCCGCGAUGGGAAACUCAGGCGGCGCAGAGCGGAGCAGUUCUGCAAACAGCAGAAGCAAAGCAGCAGUGGUGAACCUUGGUGCUGCGCCGGAGUCAUCCACAAGCGGUCAUGUUAUGAAAGUCCGAUCGUAAAGUUAGAGAUCGUGCUGGGCACUGCACAAAUCGCACAUGAGAUGAAGCCGCGGCGUCGCCUGGUGCGGCAUCAAGCCGAAGAUCUGCGCUGGUUAAAGGAAGCACUGGGCAUGCUCUGGCCCAAGGUGAACGCCGCGGUGGAGAAGUUCAUGGUCGAAGAGGUGCAGCCCCAGAUUCGCGAAGAGCUGCCGAAGUUCUUGAAGAGCUUCCACUUCAAGCACUUCAAUUUUGGCCACGGCAUCCCAGAUUUGCACAAUCUGGAAGUGUGGGAUGCGCCAUGCCGAGAUCAAGAUGCCAAGAGGCAAGGCGUGGAGAUCCACGUCUCUUUUAAACUCCAGUCAGACGUGGAGAUCGCAGCCUCGGUCCUGGGCAUCACUGCUGGCCUCAGCUACCUCUCCCUGAAGGGCAGCCUGGUUAUCCGGCUCGACCCCCUGCUGAACGAGGAGCCUUUGGUUGGAGGCAUCGUGGCCUAUUUCAUCGACCCCCCAGUGGUGGACUUCCGCAUGACACCCGGCAUUGCUCAGGUGGCGGAGCAGGGUCCUCUGAACGAGGUGCUGCGAAAUCUAAUCGAGUCCACCAUCCACGACCAGCUCCUUCUUCCUAAUGUCAUACACAUUCCCAUGGUGGACGACGAGGACCUGGUCGACACGGCCAGCGUGAAAGAUGCGAAACCCCUUGGUGUGCUGAGAGUUACUGCAUCUGAAGCACUUGCACCACGAUUCUCCUUCUGCAGCCGUGUCUGUUGGCAGUGUUGGACGGUUAGUUCAUCUCCUGAGCCCCGUGCCAUGAUGAUGUUGAAGCUCCUGAUGGGCUUGGCCAUGGCAUGGCUGACGGUCGGUGAGCCCAACUCGGCCGCCACGAAGCCCACGCAGGCCAGCAGCAACCUGCGCAAGGCCUCCCAGCCCUCCCAGCCCUCCCAGGCCUCCCAGGCCUCCCAGGCCUCCCAGCCUGCGGAGCCUGGGGAGCCUGCGGAGGAGCGCUCGGCCCAGCCGGCGGAGCCGGCGGAGCCGGCCCAGCCGGCGCCUGCUCUUCCCAGUGCCAGUUCCGAGUGCCAGACCCUUCCGUUCGACAGCAGCCCUGGUCCGAACGGCGGUAUCAGCAUGGCACAAUGCCAAGGGGACUGUGACGGAGAUGAUGACUGCGCGGCUGGGUUGAAGUGCAUGCAGAGGCAUGUUGGUGAGGCUGUUCCCGGAUGCAGCGGUGGAGUUUCCUGGCCAAACUGGGACUACUGCUACAACCCGCAGUGCGAAGAUGGCGAGCCGGGCCUGCCACCCUUGGACAGCACCUAUGGGCAGCAUGGUUCCACCAACAUGCCGAAGUGCGCUGGAGACUGUGACGAUGAUGGGGACUGUGCCUCGGGACUCCGCUGCUUCCAGAGGUCCGGGGUCACGACGGUGCCCGGAUGCUCAGGAGUCGGCAUUCCGAAUUUUGAUUAUUGCUAUGAUCCAGCAGAUGCCCCCGAGCCUCCAACGAUGCCUCCCGGAACUGGGCCCGCCUGUCUUUGCAUCUUCGACGUGGACCGGACGCUGACGGGAAAGCAAGGCACCGCCGGAAACCAGUGCCCAAACGACAAGCAGAUCUACGGAAUUUGGGACACUGCGUACAGUGGGGGCUGGCUGACGAUUUCUGAGGCCGGCCAGAACCUCAAGAACACGUUCUGCAACAAGUGCUACAUGGGCAUCGUUUCCGCUGGAAUGGCCAGCGGGCGGAAUUCCCAGGAGCGAACUUACUUGCUUCAGAAUGUGCUUGUUGGGGAGCCCUUCCAGGCAUUGCUCUCCUCAAACAACCGGGCUUCCCACUGGUCCGUCGGGGCCGUGCAUUCGCCGCUGGUUCUUGGGUGGCCUGAUCGGGAGAAGCAGAAUGCCGUUGCUGGCAUCGUCGCGUGGUACGAGCAGCAGGGCAUCCAAGUGGCGGACACAGACGUGUACUUCUACGGUGAUCGCACUGAGAACAUCCCUCCCUUCAGCGCUACAGCCUUCAAUGCUCGUGAGAUUUCCUGCGCUUCUCGUGACAUGAGCAUUGGCAACGGCAUUGUCGGGUUUUGCGGCGCAACAACUGACGAAAUCGUGGAUGCCAAGGGCGUCGCCGUUUGCAGUGACCCCACACCCCUGCCCCCGCCACCGCCCACGCAACCGCCCACGCCCACAGAGGACUGCGUGUGCAUCUUCGACAUUGACAGGACUCUGACCGGUAAGCAGGGUGACGUCUCAACCUGUCCAGACAAUAAGUUGGAAUCAAGCAUCUGGGACACGGCUUAUGGCGGAGGCUGGCUCACUCUCUCGGAGGCUGCGCAGAAGUUGCCGGAGACCUUCUGCAACUCCUGCUACUUGGGUGUUGUGUCAGCAGGCGAUGCGGGGGGCCAUCACUCACCAGAAAGGCCGUUUCUCCUGGACAAUGUUCUGAACAGUGAGAAGUUCAACAAGAUGAAAUCCGAGAACAGCCAAGCGUCUGCUUGGUCCGAUUAUCCAGCAGUGGAUUCACCACUCGUUCUCGGAUGGCCGAACCGGGAGAAGCAAAACGCUGCUGAGGGCAUCGUGUCCUGGUACGCGAAGCAGGGCGUCACCAUCCCGGCAAACAAAGUGCAUUUCUACGGCGACCGCACAGAGAACAUCGGACCAUUCGCGGAUAAGGGCUACAAUGCCAGGGAAAUUUCGUGUGGAUCACGAGACUACUCUCUUUACUCAAGUGGAAUGGUCGGGUAUUGCGGCGCAAAGAAAUCUGAGAUUGUCGACACGCCGGGCAUUGCAGGCUGCUGA